CGUGCGACAUCUCGGACGAUUCGUUGCGCCUCUCUCUGUAUGUGUGUGUGUGUGUGUACUUGCGUGAGAAAGCGUGCGGGAGUGCGACACGCGCGAAGACCGGCACCCGUCAACAAAAUCGAGCGGAUCGAGCCGCUUCGAGCGAACAGUCGCGAUUCCGAAUAGUCCAGCGGGGAUGUGUCGUUAAAGUAAACAAAACGCGGACACUCUGCAGCGGAUAAAUCGCGCGCGCUGUCCGGCGUUGCGUGUGCUUUCGCAAAGCGACAACAACGGAACUGUCAGCUGGGGCAGUUAACGCGCAUGAUGUACGACGUUCCGCGUGAAUAAAUACGCGAGCCUCGCGCGAUGACACUGCCGUAGAUGAUCGUAGAGUAGCGUCGUACGGUGUACAUCGGUCAAGGAGGAACAAUCCCAUAUACGCUUCGCGGAAAGGACUCACGCGGUCGGCGCGGCCGUCAUUCGCGCGCAACUUCACUACGGUGACGUCUCGUCGCGACGCGUAUCGCGCACCCUCGGCGCGAUCACUAAUUCGACGUGGGACAGGAGCGGGAAUCGUUAUAGGAGGAUUUCGACCGGAUCGCGUGAGUUUUCACUUUCCCGAUUCAUCUGGUUCAUCGUAGGAGGAGAUCCGCGCCCGCGGAUGCCGCGAACGGGUGAAACGUGAUGAGCGGCUUGAUUCGCCGAACGGCGGCGCGCGCGCAUGCUCCAUUUUGAGAAUUUGAAAUUUGCAGGUGACUCGCGUCGGUGGACGAACGUGCGACGAACUUGAGACGCUACACAUAUACACGCUCGCGCCUCUCCGUGCAUCCCGUGAUAUAUACUGUUUCUCCGAGUAUGUGCGCCACGGCGGCGGCGGCGGCGGGAUUCUCGUGCUUCCUCGUGUCCGCGCGCGUCUACAAUUGACUUUUGUGCAUCGUCUUGUGCGUUUCGCCGUGGGACAACAUGGCACGCAGGGAUCACCGCCAGUUGUGCACGCUGCUCUUCCUCCUCCUCUUCGCGGGCAUCUUGAAAGGUGGAAAUGGCGAUGUCGAGGAGUCGGAUACCGACGUGCAGGACUACAGCACGGACGAGGACUACAACGAUGUUUUUGACUCGACCACUAACGGGACCGACGUGGACGCUGCAUCCGGUACGAAAAGUGGCACUUUAAAAUUCGUAAGGACUCUGACAAACAUCUCGAAGGAUGCCGGCGGCAUUGCUCAUAUGCGAUGCGAAGUCGUGGGCGAUCCACCUCCAACAAAGAUACGAUGGUACAAGAAUGAGGCGCCAUUAGAGGAGAACCGACCGAAAAUCACGAUUAGGAAAAUACACGCGCAAAUGCACGAACAUGCGGCGAAGAACUUGGCAGGAAGUCGAUUAAAAAUCACAAAUUUGGACGUUUCUGAUAUUGGUUUUUAUACUUGUCGCGUCACCAACGGUAAGGAUCAAAUCCAGAGCGAAGGAACCCUGCGAGUCGAUUCCUCUAAGAAAUGGUCAGCUCCUAUGCAUCCUAUGCAGGAACACCCUAUGGGACAGCCGUCGGGUGACAAAUUUUCCACGGUAAUGUCCGGAUCAAGCUUUAUCGACGGCAUGGGACAUGGGGACAUGUUGGGCAUCUCAGGGAAUGGAAUGUCUACGCCUCACAUCUCUCACUUGGCAUCUGCGAAUCCAUUCAUACUUUCGCCGAGUCCACAGCCAACCAGUUCACAAUCCAGCACCAUGGAUUUCAAUACACUCAGCGGCCUUACUAAUGGCAAUAUACAAUUCCCUCCUAAUAUGAAUUUCGAUGAGAUGUCAAGCAUAAGUUCAGUUACAGGCAGAAAGGACAAUCAUAAAGGAACCUGCGAGGUGUAUAUAGGAAAAACCUGUGCACAGUUUGUAGGAAAUCAGUCGGUUUAUAUUAUAUAUCCCAUGACGCAGAAAAUGCUUGAGGAGAAAUUAAUGAAGGCCUUUCAAGUUAUCAAUUUUUCAAACGAGCUCUCGUCAAAUUGCGAAGGAUAUGCGAAGCCGUCUCUUUGCUAUUCCGCCUUUCCGAUAUGCCGCGACCCAGCUAACACUCAGAAACCGAAGAACGCGGAAGCGAGCACGCAGCUCUUCAAUCUCCUGAACUCCAAGCAAGACGAUUUCUUAGAGGACGGAGACCGCGACGACACGGAUGAUUUUUCGAAGCUGCACAGCGUUCCCAAACGUAGUCCUACCCUGGGCCCAGUUUUCGACUUCAUGCCCAACGAAGACGCGAAGUCUUCGAGCAACAAGAAGAUAAUUAAUCAGAGUUACGGCGACGCGCGAGCGUCCAGCAGAAACGAGAUCAGUCGUAAAUUACGAAGGAUAUGCCGGGAGGAGUGCGAAAUGCUGGAGAACGAGUUGUGCAGGAAGGAAUACGCGAUAGCGAAGAGGCAUCCAUUGAUUGGGCAUCAAGUGCCUUUGGUCGAAUGUUCUGACUUACCACUGGAAGGGACAACUGAGGCUCGUGAUUGCUUAACGCUCGGAUUGUCCGUGGUAACCAACGUACAAGAAAAUGAUUAUUGCUAUUGGGGUAGUGGAAAAUCUUAUCGAGGAACUGUGAAAACGAGCGCGAGUGGAAGGCCGUGUUUACGGUGGGCUCAUCAUUUCAAUCUUCCAAUUUCUGAUUUUCCCGAAUUAGCUGGACGUCAUUCUUAUUGCCGGAAUCCGGGCGGUAAAGAAAUUCAACCAUGGUGUUACGUCGAUGUCAAUAACAAAAUGCAAAAGGAAUUUUGCAAUAUACCUAAAUGUGUUGAAAAUUUAUGGAUUUACGCGGUCGUUGGUUUUGUACUAACGGGAGGAUUUGUUAUUAUAUUAAUUUGUUAUUGCUGCUGCUACAGAAGUAGGAAAUCCAGAAGGCAAAUGAAUCAUUUACCAACCAAUAAAAUGUUAACUAGUAUCCAGUGUGAUAAGAACAUUUACGAUGGAAGGAGGAGUACGACACAACCUAUGGAAAUGAGUUCCCUCUUGGCAGGACCCGGUAAUACGACACCGGGCACUGGCACCUUAAGCAGUGGCAGCAGUAGAACUUCUAAUACUAGGAUACCGCAAUUCACUACGAAUAAUAUCGUGCUCUUGCAAGAACUCGGUGAAGGCGCUUUCGGAAAAGUUUACAAAGGCGAAUUGCAAACGGGAAAUAAAUGUGAGCCACCUAUUUAUGUAGCGGUGAAAACACUGAAGGAAAAUGCGACGCCCAAGACUCAAAGCGAUUUCAAAAGAGAAGUCGAACUGAUGACAGAUCUACGGCAUCCGAAUAUCAUUUGUUUGCUCGGUGUGAUACUGAAAGGGGAACCAAUGUGUAUGCUCUUCGAGUACAUGACUCAGGGAGAUCUGCACGAGUUUCUAAUCUGUCAUUCCCCGAGAUCGGAUGUUCCGUUAAAUAACAGUGGCGGCAAAAUUCUAGAGCAACCGGAAUUUUUGCAUAUUGCUUUACAAAUUGCUUCUGGCAUGGAAUAUUUGGCUAGUCAUCAUUAUGUCCACCGCGAUUUGGCAGCGAGAAAUUGCCUAGUAGGUGACAAUCUGACAGUCAAAAUCUCGGACUUCGGUCUGUCGCGAGAUAUAUACAGCAGCGACUACUACAGAGUACAAUCCAAGAGUCUACUUCCUGUUCGAUGGAUGCCACCCGAGUCGAUUCUAUAUGGUAAAUUCACGACCGAAUCGGACGUAUGGAGUUUCGGAGUUGUGCUCUGGGAAAUCUACAGUUACGGCUUGCAGCCAUAUUACGGAUACAACAAUCAGGAAGUUAUAGACAUGAUACGCUCGCGGCAAUUAUUACCAUGUCCCGAAGACUGCCCGACGAUGAUUUACAGUCUAAUGAUCGAGUGCUGGCACGAGGUGGCGAAUCGUAGGCCGCAGUUCCCGGAAAUUCACCAUCGGCUACAUAAUUGGUACAUAAAUCAAACCUACUUGAGCGACUUCUGCAACGAGUCUAUCACCAGUUACUCCGGCAGUAGUCACAAGAGCACGAACAAGACCAAUUCGACGCAACUGUCAGCGCCGAUAUACAAGAGCGAUCAGAAGACCGGCACGGAGCCGGUGAAUAUGUGUAAUCUUAACGAUCAUAAUAACGCGAUCAAAAUGCUGCCGCCGACGAGUACUUUCCCGAAUUCCAAUUGCGUUGAUCAGAGACCAAAUUGCGGUUUCGGCACGGAACACGGAACGCCGAUAAAAACCAAUUACCAGAAUCCCGCUACGAACGUCAAUCUGAACGAUAUCUACGACGACAAACAGUGUUGCUCGCCCAAGUUGAGCGGCGCGAAGAAAGUUUUACCUGCGGUGGGUGUACCCAAGCUGAACGUGCCCACCAACGGCCCGAGACCGAUGCAAAACGGCGCGCAAUUGGUUGUCAGGUUACCGGAUCCCAGUAAAGUCACGACUGAAACGAGGGUAUCAAAGUGAACGACUUCAUUCGCGACCGCGAAUGAUUCACCUUGGAUCAAACUGAACGCAGCUUCUGAUUUCCAACGGGAACAUUAGCUCCAAUUACCACACACGUUCUCAACACCAAGGAUUUGGAAUUCGGCAACUGUAUAAGUUGCCAUCGGAGACAGGCACUGGUGCCAGUUCUUUUUUUUAUCGAAAAGAAGAAAAAGCUGUUAUAAACGCGUACGUUCUUCGUAUAUUUGCCAUGAUGAUUUGUCGAUGAAAACGCAUGCUUGUUCUCAUGAUAUUAUCGGAUACUUUUUUUUCGAUAGUAUUAAACGCGCGCGCGAAUACGGUAGACACAGAGAGCUGCUAUAACAACUAAUCAUUGCCAUAUACAUUUAUUUAUUUUUACAAAUAUACACGUAUUUUAUAUUUCCUCUUAUUUCGGAUGACGUAUAAUAUAUAAUGUGUUCUUUCACGAUCAGAUGAUUUUUUUUUAAUGGUAUCAAACGAAUAAGAUAAAUACAGAGAGUAGCUACAAUACUUAAUCUGCCAUAUAUAUGCAUUUAUUUAUUGUUAUAAAUAUACACGUAUUUUAUAAUAUAUAAUAUUACCGUUUAUUUUGGAUGGUAUAUAUACAUAUAUAUCUGUAAUGUUUUACACUUAAUUUAAUACAAUCUAGUUUAAUACUUACAUACGUGGGACGUAGAACCGGAUGUCGUACUCUAAUAACGAUUCCAUUUGUGAUUGUAAUAAUGCAACACAAUAGAACAAAAUUUUUAAGACAUGCUCUUUUAUUUUUAGAAAAGAUAGAUAUUCAUCGAAACAUUAUGCUACCGAAUAUAUGUAUAAUUUAUACGUUUAUUCGUAAGAUAUGUAAGACGAGCGGGAGAUAAUUCUAUUUCACAAAGAAGAAAAAUAAAUUCUCUCUUACAGAACACAAUAUCAACAUACGUUGAUAACUACAUUAAAACGAAUGUUUAACCAUGUGCAUGCUCUGUCCAAAGAGUAUAAUACUGUAUGGGAUAUAUUGUUAUGCUCUAUAUAAGGCAUACCCCUUAUGAAUCACGUUUUCAAAUAAUCUUUACAGGACUGUUCUCGAAAAGAUUCGUAUAUGCGAGCAAUCGGAUAUACUAUAUUGUAAUAAGCGAAAGUGAGAGAAAAGAAGUGCGACAGAGAAAUGAAUGUGUGUGCGCGCGUGCAUGUGUGUAUUUUGUGAAUAUAUAUUGAGAUGUUUUCUAAAAAGCAAUUUUUAUAAUCGUCAUAUCGUAUGCCAAAACCCGGAUAGUGAAUAUUGAUUGUUAAUAAAAAGGUAUUUCAAUUUGUACAUUUUUAUAAUAAUCGCAUAUAUGUCUGUAAAUCUUUGAGGUCGCUCAUUUUAGCCGAAAACACAAUUUAUUGCUGCAAUUGUGCGAUAUGAAUUGAAAUAUGUUCUCCAUCUAAGUGCGAUAAAUCAUAAUGCAAUGUAAAAUAUGAAUUUAGAAUGAAUUUAUUUGCUAGUGUUCUAAAUGGCUUUCCUGUGUCAGCACGUAUUAUUGAUAUUCACAGAUAUUUAAUAAAAACGUAAUUAUCGCUAACGGGAGAAUUUAUAGAAAAAUUUUUUUAGACGCUCGCUAUUCUUUCAACCGCACCCUAAUAUUGUUUGACCUCAAAGACCCAAACGACUGAGAUUUAAUACUCACGAACACUCAGCGAUGUUGGAUGGAAAAUUUUAUCGGCGUUUGUGUAUAAAUUAUAUGUUAUAUUCGUGUAUGGGGCGUACAAUAUAUACAUUCUAACAGGCGCUAAAAUAUUGCCUCGAUUCGAUAUCGGAUCGAGCAACAUCCGAUGAUGAACUUUGUGAAAUUAAUUGCCCAUUUUUAAACCGAGGUAGUAAAUAUAAGCGCAGAGUGAUUAGAAAAUGGAAACGUAGAAUUAAAGCACUUCAAGGAGACUGUAUUAUACUUUUUAUAAUUUUGUAUUAACGAUAAAAGAAACGCGAAGAGCGUGUUCCGUUCGUUGGAGAAA